UAUACGAGUUCGUGAACUAUUUUAGAAUUACAAUAUUUUUUUUUAAAUUAUUACUCUAUUCACAAAGCAACGAUUUAAAAUGAGCGACAGUGCCAGUACACGGACCAAAACACUAACAGAUACAGAUGAUACUCAAUCAACUGAUAAUUCACUGAUUGCAGAUAGAUGGACAAACAAUAUAACCUACCGUCAACUGGUCAUAUCAUCCUGUAUUGGUAUAGUCCAGCUGUGGUGGCACCCCUAUGUUCACGACCUCACAAAAUUAGUGCCAUUCAUAUUCUUGUACAAUGUGUUCAGCAUAUUUAUCGGAUACCCGAUGUUUUAUUUAGAGCUUGCGCUUGGUGUAGUCACUAAAAAGGGAGUACUAAAAUGCUGGGAUUUGUCACCUAUGGCUAGGGGUAUUGGCUACGCGAUGCUGUUGUGCUGUGUGUUCACGGCGUUAGCGCUAGGCGUGGUAAAUGCUUGGUGUCUGGCGAUGCUGGUGCACUCAUUCCACUCCUUUCUGCCGUGGCAGCACUGCGCAGCGACCGCCCGGCCCGCUUGCGCCGCGCGUCACCGACCUUUGCCUCAUGGUAGCGAGACGCCGCCGCAGUCUUUUUUCUUCAAUUUUGUACUGAAUCUGAAGAGGGAAGGCCUAGAAGGCGGUCUAGGGAUUGUCGUCUGGGAAUUGACGUUCUACUACGUGAUCUCCUGGAUCUUAAUCUAUUUUAUUACCGUCAAACGUAUAUACAGCUAUUCUAAGUUGGUGCUAUUCAAAGACGUUCUGACUUACUUCAUGUUACUGUCGUUCUUGUUGGGAGCUCCAAGAUUAAACGGCGCCGGCCGUAUGUUUAGUCUUUGCGACUGGAGUAGGCUGCAGAAUGGUCUACAGAUAUGGCGGGAAGCAAUAGAAUUUUCACUAAUAGAGAUGACAGUGUCUCAAGGCGUUCUAGUGAUGCUCGGGGUUUACUGUCCAAAACAGCAACAUCGUCUGGCCACGACCUCGCUGCUAGCGUUUGCUGCUUCCAAGUCCACAUGCAUGUGUAGUGCGUUUCUUCUUGGUGCUGUUCAUGGCGCGUUGCAACAUGAUUAUGAUAAUACUACUAAUAUUUGGGGUGGCUCGUCAUCGGCGAUGGUUCUUUGGUCAGAUUAUGUGGUGCGGAUACCCGGCAGUCAAUUUUGGUCCGCCCUUUUAUUCUUCACCAUGUUUGUGGUAUCGUUAUCGUCUACGGCUUUGAUCGUCCAAACAAUAAUGUCGUCUUUCACCGGCCGUUCUAUCAGGAAGAUUACUUGGGCUUUCUUAAUACUAAACUGUUCGUUGUUUUGUAUUAUCGGAAGUAUAACAUUGUGCACGCAGGGCGGUUUAUAUGUUCUAAAUUUUCUAAUGGAAUGGCCUAUAUUGAAACCCCGAUUGCUUAUUUCGGCGACAGUUGCUAUUGUAGUUACAUACGUUUACGGUCAAACUACUUUCUGUGAAGACGUGUACUUCGCAGUGGGAGAAUAUCCAAGCGCCUUCUUGAGAGUUUGUUGGGCCCUUUCACCUGUGUUACUGGUGGGUCUAUUUCUGGGUGAUAUAUGCGCAUGGCCUUCUGCAGAGUCAAUGGUUGGUUGGCUGAUGGUAGUUAUUACUGCGUUGCCUGUUGUCGUUAUUAUGCUCGUCUACAUAAUCUUCAAGUGUAGAGUUAGAAAUAUGGUGCGCAACGAAAAGUAACACAGAUGUUUAUGUCCCAUAUAAAAUGUGUAAUUCGCAUUAAAUAAAGAAGUUUUUAUUCUU